AUGCCUGACUUUUCGGAACUCAGCUUGCUGGACGCCCUAAAGCGGCCAAUGUCAAGGGCUGUCCUUGACCAGGCCGUGAUCUGGGCACUCAAGACUGACAAGGGUGUAUUCUGGAAACUAUCACAGCAACUUCGUUCGUUCUCCUUUGGAUCGCUUCCGAAGACUAUAAGCAGCCGGUCGUCUAAGGACACACUGAGCAAAAUCAAUCGGAACGACGAGGAUGAGCUGUGGCUCGGACGGUUGCGAAAUCUUGGACUUGGACCCGAUGAUGAGUUCAAACUCCUCGUUCUGCGGGAGUUCAUCUGGCGUAUUAGCAGAAUGAAGUCGCGGGAUGUUAUGGAGAGCGAGCCAGCUAAGCUCAAUGAGGUGAUAUCCCUAAAAAGCCUCGGUAUCACUCCGCAGACGGUCUUCUUCGAUGACGAGGAGCCACUACAGCAGUCGACUUUCACACCCGAUACAGCCCAAAAGGGCCCAUACACGAUCGCGGAUGCUCUGUUGGAUGCGUCCAUGACCAUCGAUGACUCAACAGGAAGAAGACGGUUUGCCGCGCUCAACAGUCUACGCACUCGUGUAGUGGAAGACAGAGGCUCCUCUUCACGCGAUGCUUCCAGAGCAAGAUCGAUCGACCCAUCAAGAAGAGCAUCAACCGGACAGGGCAAGCUGACAGUCGGGAGCCCGACCGAUGACGGAGGCUCAGUACACGAUCAACCGUAUGCAUCUCGGAGGGCGAUCCGUCACCAAGCGAGCGCUUUGAGUCUCCUAGACCGAAAAGAUAGCAACAAGAGCGUGCCAGAGACCGGAAUGUCUGGCACUAAUGCAUUUGGCCAAGUCGAGGGUCCCUUCGCCCAGGCUCCGCUUGCUCGACCAAACGCACAGGAUCGUCGAACUAGCACUGCGAGUGUUAUAACCAAGCUGAAGCCCAACCACUCUUACGAAGGCACGGAUCCCAGCAUUCUCAAAAUGCUCGACUCAAUGUACCAGGAUAACUACCCGCACGACAUCGUCGAGUUUGGACCGAUGGUCACCCCUAUUACUCGCCGCAGAACCAACCGUUCUGUGGGCCAGCCGGGUGACGAGCCAUGGCGCCCACAAGGGCGGAUGGUUGCUACGUUCGCGGAACACACCGGCGCUAUCAAUCGUUUGGUGGUGUCGCCAGACCAUGUCUUCUUCAUCACGGGAGGCGACGAUGGAACUGUCAAGGUCUGGGAUAGUGCCCGGCUUGAGAAGAACAUUACCCAUCGAUCAAGACAGACCCAUAAGCAUGCUGAUGGGGCCAGGGUGCUUGCGCUGUGCUUCAUCGAGAAUACGCACUGCUUUAUCAGCUGCGCAAGUGAUGGAAGUGUCCACAUUGUCAAAGCCGAGACUGUCGCGGCGAGUGGCACCUUGCGGUAUGGGAAGCUCCGUCUCCUCCGGGAGUACCAGUUGCCAGAAGACGAGUACGCAGUGUGGUGUGAGCACUUCAAGUUUGAGUCGACGUCAGUCAUGUUGCUCGCGACGAACCGAUCACGAAUCUUGGGCAUCGAUCUCCGUACAAUGUCUCUACUCUACGCACUCGAGAACCCCGUUCAUCACGGCACACCUACAUGCUUCUGCGUGGACCGCAAGAGGAACUGGCUAUGCGUCGGUACUACUCAUGGAGUGCUCGACCUGUGGGACUUGAGAUUCCGCAUGAGACUGAAGGGUUGGGGUGUUCCUGGUAAGAGCUCGAUUUACAGGCUCUCCAUCCAUCCCAGCAAGGGACGAGGCAAAUGGGUUUGUGUGGCUGGCGGAACAGGACAGGGUGAGGUUACAGUUUGGGACCUCGAACGUACGAUUUGCAGAGAGAUAUACCGCGUCGGAGGCAACAAGGAGGGUCCUAAGGGAUACGAGUCCUGGGACGUGGACGAGGACAAGCCGGAAGGCAUGCUUGGGCGGUUCGCUACAAACAUUGAGCCGAGCGGCACCGGGAACACGGAUCGUGGUGUUCGUGCUAUGAUAGCGGGCACUGGCGCCUCGGAGGAUUCGCGCGACGUACGGCACGCGUUCAUCGUCACCGGCGGGUCGGACAAAAAGCUUCGGUUCUGGGACUUAUCUCGAAUCGAGAGCUCGGUCGUCUAUAGCGGACUACAAGUGGAAGAUCCGAAACCAACAUUCACGGCAUCUCACCCGACGACGUCGAUGACGCUCAACACGGAGAGGAUUCCUAGGCAAGCGCCAACGGCGCCAAAUGCUGCUGUCAGCGGAAAGGGCACCACAGGUAGCGGGAGACCACCGCGAUCUACGGUUAUAUCGCUUCAGCAGCAGCAACUUCUGCGGUCACACCUGGACUCGAUCAUGGAUGUUGCGUUGCUGGAGCUGCCGUACAGCAUGACGCUCUCGGUGGACAGGUCUGGAGUGGUGUUUGUGUUUUCAUAG